AUGAAUAAUAGUGGAAAUAGCAACAACAACACUGUUUCGCACCUUUCGAGUGCUUUGCGCCAAGUCAACUUGGGUAAUAGUAAUACAACGACGGAUCAAAGCAACAUAAAUUUCGAGCUUUCACAGGGACAUAGCAACAGUGAUGAGACUAUAACCAGAAAUGAAAGGACGCAGAGCGGUGCCGCAGCGCAUGCAGAAGCACAGGCGCAACAAAUACAGCAGCGGCAAAGACAGCAGGCACAGGAGCAACAAAUUUUCUCUAACCUGGGGCCAGUGGACGAUUCUCGGAUCAGACUUUUCUUUCAGAAUCAGCCGAUGGAGGGUUACACCUUGUUCUCGCACAGGUCAGCUCCGAAUGGGUUCAAAGUGGCCAUUGUGCUAAGCGAGCUCGGUCUGCCUUACAAUAACUUCUUCCUCGAUUUCAACGCGGGCGAGCAUAGGGCUCCCGAGUUUGUCUCAGUGAAUCCGAAUGCAAGAGUCCCUGCGUUAAUCGAUCACGGCAUGGAUAAUUUGGCAAUUUGGGAAUCGGGCGCCAUACUUCUUCAUCUGGUCAACAAAUACUACAAAGAGACAGGAGAAUCGCCACUGUGGUCAGAUAACUUAGCAGACCAAGCGCAGAUAAACGCCUGGCUGUUCUUCCAGACAUCCGGCCACGCUCCAAUGAUUGGGCAGGCUUUGCAUUUCAGAUACUUCCACUCGCAAAAGAUAGCAAGCGCGGUUGAGAGAUACACAGAUGAGGUGAGACGAGUUUACGGUGUCGUCGAAAUGGCGCUUGCUGAAAGGAGGGAGGCUCUGAUCAUGGAACUUGACACCGAAAACGCGCCAGCAUAUUCCGCUGGUACUACUCCGCUGUCGCAGAGUAGAUUCUUCGACUACCCCGUAUGGCUGGUUGGAGACAGCAUUUCGAUUGCCGACUUGGCGUUUGUGCCAUGGAAUAAUGUCGUCGACAGGAUUGGGAUCAAUAUCAAAGUAGAAUUCCCAGAAGUUUACAAAUGGACAAAGCAGAUGAUGAGACGGCCCGCUGUCAUCAAGGCUCUGCGUGGUGAAUAG